AUGUAUCAGUUCAUUAGUGAAUCUAGUACGAAUAGUACAGCUUCAUCAACAAUCAACACACCCUUCAGAUUGGAACAAUCGAAAAUGUACUUCAAGAUCUUAUGCAUCGUGGCCGUCAUCGCAGUGGCUGUGUCAGCGGAGUAUGGUCACUCCUCUCAACAUAUCCAUAGACAUGAUGGGCAUCACCAAGUUGUGGAAUUCAAGGACAAGCAUGGACACCACCAUGUCGACUACUACGCUUAUCCCAAAUACGAUUUUGCGUACAAAGUGGACGACAAGCACACCGGAGACCACAAAGAACAGCAUGAGCACCGCGACGGACAUGACACCAAAAGCGAUUACAAAGUCCACGUAGAACACAUCGUUCCCCAUCAUCAUCAUCACCACCAUCAUCAUCACGAUGACCAUCAUUACUAA